AAAAUCAGAUUUCAAGUCAUUAAUAAAUCUAUCAAUGCAUUGUUGAUAGAAGCAAUAGUUUUCUUAGAAUAAACUGCAACUUGUGCAAAUUAUUUAAAGUAAAUUGUAGAAUUGUUAGAGACACAUACUUUGAUUUUAUCAGUACACAAGAAACUUGGAAUUCUAGUAAAAUUAUGCCUCCAAAGAAAAAUAUAAGAUCCAGUGCCUUCUCUAAAACAAAGGGGACAAGCAUGGGAACUAAGAAGUCACAGCCAAAGGCCAGAGCUAGGACAGCAUCUGCACCAUCUGGUCCAUAUGUGAGCACCCCCAUCAGAGAUACAAACGUUGGUCCUGUUGUUGCUCCACGGAAAAUUCUGUCCGAUGAUGAUUCUGUUCCUCGGAAGAGAAGUCUUCCUCCAACGUCCUCAACUCAAACACUGAGAGGGCUUAGCAAGUCAGGUUCUUCCAAGUCCCCAACAUCUAAAGUGUUACAACCCUCACUGCAGGGAAAUGCACGCAGAUCGCCUGGAACUACAGCAGCUUCAAGUGGGAGAGUAACUCCUGUCAGCCCUGGCCAAGUGAGGAAUACUUCUUUAGGCUCUGGCUCUGCUUUUAAGAAGCCCAGCUACCGCCACAGCCUUAGACGUUCCCUCUAUGUUCCACCCUCCAGCCACCGCAGACAUUCUGCCCGAUUGUCUAGUGGUGAAGCUUCUUCAGUGUUACCUGCUCCUGAAGCCACCAUAUCUCAGAGCACGCCAGCAGCAAGUGUUCUGUUCACCAGCGUUGUGGAUGCGUCCAGUGCUAAACGCCCAAGGCUUGCAACCCCGCAUCUGCAUGCAGGAGGUGCUGGGCACAGAACAACGCCCUUCAAAGCUCAGUGUCCCAAAGUAGCGCACCGACCACUUCAGCAAAUUCCAGCCCCUGAGUAUUCAAAAGAACAGAUCUCGGCUUGGGACUCCGAAAUCAAGACUUGGCUGAAUAAGACGUGGAAGCUGGCAUACUUGAGCGCCAUGUCCGGCUUUGACGUGCAUGUGCCUAAUCUACGCUCCAGCUACCAGAAGACACUGCGCAAUAAGAUUAGUGAGCUGCUGCCUUUCAAUGUUCAAGUUGAGUUGCUGCCGGUGCACUGCUUCUCGCGCAACCUGAGCAUCACAGAUGCCGUGUCACUCACCAUCAGCUACUCUCUACCUCGGGAGUGGGACUUGAGAAGCCCGUCAAGAAAGAGAAAGAAGAAAGAGACACAAGAAGCGACCGAUAAUCGGCGUAUUCUGUACAAGAGUUUCAUGGUGCAAGCUCAGCUCAAAGAUCGCAGCGCCGACACUGCCGGCAUCAACUGGUAUCCUUUAUAUUUCUAUGUCGGUCGGGAAAGAAUUCAUCAGGCAGUAGAGCUGUGGCUAGCCGACUCGUUUGGCGCCUACGUGUCUCAGAAAGGCCUGAAGGCGUCUGCCUUGCUGUGGGCUUCAGGACUCUGGUACCAGCAGUCGUGUGCUGAUCCCAACUUUCCUGUUUCGCUGAGUUACGCAAUCGUGGGACUGAGUGCGGACGGCUGGCAGCACCACCGGCGCUACCCCUCGUCCUCCAAGGUCCGGGAUGAGAGCUUCGUCAGUUUGGAAAUGCCCGCUGACACCAUGAAGAAAAUCGCCACGUGCAUUUUUUCGGAAUCGGACGAAGCGCAAGUGACGGGCAGCGAGCGUGAUCUCUUCCACUGUCUUGUAGGCAAAAUAAUUGCACAAAUGACGCACCUGCCUGCUUCGUGCCUACGACUUCUCAGCAUCAAGACGUCGUGCGUGACGCUCUUUCGCAGCGGCCAGGUGCGAGUGUCGUGCAAGCGACACCUGCUUGGUCUCCUGCAGUGGCUGCUGGAGCUUCAUCGCGAGGACAGCCUGUUGGACCAAAUUGGGGACAUGAACCUGACUCGUCUAUUAGAGGACGAAGAAAUUACCUUCUAAUUUCUGAAGACGAUUCUUGAGCCUGCCAAGGCCUCAGCAUGGCUCCCGGGGAAAGAAAAUUAAUAAUGUUGGUCUUGUAUUCUGCAAAAAAUAUUAAAUUUUUCUCAGUCACUUUUCUUUUACGCGUUCGCGAACGGGCCUUAGUUGACGAUCUGAAAUCGGAAUUCUUGUUCCUCCUUUUCUCGACUUGUUUGCAAACAUUUUAAAUGUUGAUCGUUUUUGUGCUGUAGGUAGAUGUGUUGUGGUGUGUUCGUGUCUGGUGCUUAAAUGUUCCUUUUAGACUGGAGUGCCGCGGGCUUGGCUUUGAGUUGAUAUUGUUGUCUAUUAAAAAAACCCAAGAAAAUUCCCUCACCUGUCUGAACUCAGAUUUUAGAUCUUUGACCAGCUCCUCCUUUCUAUUUUUCUGUACAAACGGCAUGAAGUUCAAUAUUUCGCUUAUGUCAUUGUGAUAAUCCGAUUUGUCGUUUUCAUUGUAGCAUCUUUUACAUAAAAACAAAAAUUUCGCAUUGCUUUGAUCCACGUUUUUUCGAACCUUUAGGCCUAGAAAUGUCCCCCUCUUCCUAAAAUCGUAGGUUUUUAUCACAGUUCUUCAAUUCGAUUUUUUAUUGAUGUACCUGAAAAUGAUAGGAUAUCUACCAUGGAUUUAGUUGCAAAUCUAACACUCUGGAAGGUUGAGGAAUUGUGCAAGUUUAUGCCUUGUUAACUAAAGGCAAAAAGUUGCGAAUGGUGAUUGCUCAACUUCAAAGAAUGAACUAAUGAAAUGAAGGGGGAAAAAAAUUGUAAUAGUAAUAAGGUUAUGUGAAUCAAAGAAGUUAGGAAUUACGCACACGUUCGAAUGUAAAUAGGAUUUCCUGACUAUCCUGUUAAUCGACUUUUAUUUUUUAAAAUAUAAUUACAUUACCUUUU